CGCUUUCCUGCCGCAUCGUUUCCCCGCCCGCCCGUCUCUUAGUUCGCUCAUCCAGUACUGAAUUGUCUCCCGCUUCAAGUUGCUCGCUCGCUUGUCCACUCGCGCGCCCAUUUGCCCGUUCACUAGCUCUCCCGUUCACUCGCUCGCUCACUUGGUCACGCGUCCUCUCGCCCGCGCGUCCAUCCGCUCGUUCGUCCAGUUACUUGCGCGCCCACUUAUUCGCGCGUCCACCGACUUGCCUGCUCACCUGACAAGAUGGACGAAGAAGUGCCGACGUCGUGGCAGACUCGCAAACACACCAGCAAGCAUAAGAUACGCCACAGUGUGCGUUGCCAGUGCUGCAAUGAGGGCUACGAGGACAUAUCAUCAUCAGGGUUUGCUGAUGUCGAUGGCCCGCUCGACGACGCCCCGCACACUUCCCCUGAUUCCAACCUGGAUGGCGACGUGGAUGUCGAGGGAGAAGUGGGCGGAUGGUGAUGCGG